CAUAAUUCGGUAGCCAUGGCGCUCCGAGCGCGGAACCCUAAUCUGCAGUUUCUCUCUUUUCUUUCUUUGCUGGCGAUCGCUUCCGCGAAGGUCUUUUUUGAGGAGCGUUUUGAUGGUGGAUGGGAAAAUCGCUGGGUAAAAUCUGAUUGGAAGAAAGAUGAGAACUUGGCUGGGGAGUGGAACUACACCUCUGGUAAAUGGAAUGGUGAUCCUGAUGACAAAGGUAUCCAGACAAGCGAAGACUACAGAUUUUAUGCGAUUUCUGCUCAGUUCCCUGAAUUCAGCAAUAAGGAUAAGACACUGGUCUUCCAAUUUUCUGUUAAGCACGAGCAGAAGCUUGACUGUGGUGGUGGUUACAUGAAAUUACUUAGCGGGGAAAUUGAUCAGAAGAAAUUUGGUGGGGAAACUCCAUACAGUAUUAUGUUUGGUCCAGAUAUCUGUGGUUACAGCACCAAGAAAGUGCAUGCAAUUUUAACGUACAAUGGCACAAACCACUUGAUAAAGAAGGAUGUACCAUGUGAGACUGACCAACUAACUCACGUAUACACAUUUGUCCUCCGUCCAGAUGCAACCUAUAGCAUCCUUAUUGAUAAUGUGGAGAAACAAACUGGCAGUCUUUAUUCUGAUUGGGAUCUUCUCCCUCCCAAGAAAAUCAAGGAUCCUUCUGCCAAAAAACCAGAAGAUUGGGAUGACAAAGAGUACAUUCCUGAUCCUGAGGAUAAGAAGCCAGAGGGGUAUGAUGACAUCCCAAAAGAGAUUCCAGAUCCUGAUGCCAAGAAGCCCGAGGACUGGGAUGAUGAGGAAGAUGGCGAGUGGACACCACCAACCAUUGCGAACCCUGAGUACAAGGGCCCAUGGAAGCCGAAGAAAAUUAAGAACCCCAAUUACAAAGGAAAGUGGAAGGCUCCAUGA